GAGCUGGUCCAGAACAUGAUCGACAUCAGCAUCUCCAACCUGGAGGGGCUCCGCACCAAGUGCGCCGCCUCCAACGACCUCACGCAGAAGGAGAUCCGCACCCUGGAGAGCAAACUGGUGAAGUAUUUCAGCAGGCAGCUGUCCUGCAAGAGGAAGGUGGCCCUGCAGGAGCGCAAUGCCAAACUGGAGGGCUUCCCGCAGCUCCUGCACUGGUUCCGCAUCGUCGACAUCCGUAAGGAGGUGAUGGAGGAAAUCGCCCCUGGGCAGCUCAGCCUGGAGGAUCUGCUGGACAUGACCGAUGACCAGGUCUGUGCCACCGUGGAGAAGUUUGGGGCCAACAGCGAGGAGUGUGCCCGGCUGAACGCGUCCCUGUCCUGCCUCCGCAGCGUCCACAAGUCCGGCGGGAGCCUCUCCAAGCAGGACUGGACCAUCCAGUGGCCGAGCACGGAGCCGGGCAAGGAGAACAGCCCGGGCUGCGCGGCGGAGCCGGGACCCUGGGGCAGGACGCACCCGAGCCCCAAGGCUCAGCCCAAGUGCGGGCAGCACCACUGCCACGCCGGCUCGUCCCACGGCCCCGUGUACACCCACGUGGACCGCCUGACCGUGGAGGGCCACCCGGGGCUGUGCCCACCCCUGGAAUCCGGCCACCGCUCCCUGCCGCCGUCCCCGCGGCAGCGCCACGCCGCGCACACCCCCCCGCGCACCCCCAACAUCGUCACCACCAUGACCCCGCCGGGGACCCCCCCCGUGCGCCGCAGGAACAAACUGAAGCCCCCCGGGACCCCCCCGCCCUCCUCGCGGAAGCUGAUCCACCUCAUCCCGGGAUUCACGGCGCUGCACCGCAGCAAAUCCCACGAGUUCCAGCUGGGGCACCGCGUGGAUGAGGCGCACACCCCCAAAGUCAAGAAGAAGAACAAGCCCCUGAACCUCAAGAUCCACAACAGCGUGGGGAGCUGUGAGAACAUCCCGGCCCAGCGCUCCCCUCUCCUCUCCGAGCGCUCCCUGCGCUCCUUCUUCGUGGGGUACCCGCCCUUCCUGCCCUCCACCCCGCCCGUCCACACCGAAGCCACCUUCUCAGCAAAUACGCUGUCAGUGCCUCGCUGGUCCCCGCAGAUCCCUCGUCGGGAUUUAGGAAACUCCAUAAAACACAGGUUUUCCACCAAGUACUGGAUGUCUCAGACCUGCACCGUCUGCGGGAAGGGAAUGUUGUUCGGCUUAAAAUGCAAAAACUGCAAGCUCAAGUGCCACAACAAAUGCACCAAAGAGGCCCCUCCGUGUCACCUGCUGAUCAUCCACCGCGGAGAUCCAGCAAGGUUAGUCCGGACAGAGUCGGUGCCCUGCGACAUCAACAACCCCCUGAGGAAGCCCCCCCGGUAUUCGGACCUGCACGUCAGCCAGACGCUCCCCAAAACCAACAAACUCAACAAGGACCACAUUCCGGUGCCCUACCAGCCAGAUUCCAGCAGCAACCCCUCGUCCACCACGUCGUCCACGCCGUCGUCGCCGGCGCCGCCGCUGCCCCCCAGCGCCACCCCCCCGUCCCCCCUGCACCCGUCCCCGCAGUGCCCGCGCCAGCAGAAGCAGUUCAACCUGCCAGCCUCCCAUUACUACAAGUACAAGCAGCAGUUCAUUUUCCCAGAUGUGGUGCCUGAGACGCCGACCCGAGCCCCACAGGUCGUCCUGCACCCCGUCACCUCCAACCCCAUCCUGGAAGGAAACCCAUUGCUUCAAAUUGAAGUGGAGCCCACCUCGGAGCACAAAGCUCCUGGAGUGGUGGAAUGUGCCCUGCAGCUGCCGGGCCUUUGGCUCGGGAUGAUCCCUGAUCCUGAGCUGCAGCCAGGAUGGAGUCUCCACCAAUGGAGAGGUGUUGGCCACGAAUGUAGCACUGUGGCCAUCAGUGCAGGAGUGGUGGCCAUCAGUGUGGAGGUGAUGACCAUCAGUGUAGAGACAAUGACCAUCAGGGUAGAAGUAAUGUCCACCAAUGUAGAGGUGUUGGCCACCAAUGUAGAGGUGAUGGCCAUUGAUGUAGAGGUUACAGUCACCAGGAUAGAGGUGGUGGCCAUCCAGGUAGAGGUGAUGGCCAUUGAUGCAGAGGUGAUUGCCAUGAAUGUAGAGGUGAUGACCGUCAAUGUAGAAAUGAUGGUUACCAGGAUAGAGGUGGUGGCCAUCAAGGUAGAGGUGUUGGCCACCAAUGUAGAGGCAAUGGCCAUUGAUGCAGAGGUGAUUGCCAUGAAUGUGGAAGUGAUGACCAUCAUCCUACAGACAAUGACCAUCAGUGUAGAGACAAUGACCCACAAUGUAGAGACAGUGACCAUAAGUAUAGAGGUAAUGUCCACCAGUGUACAGGUGUUGGCCACCAAUGUAGAGGUAUUGGCCACCAGUGUAGAGACAAUGACCAUCAGUGUAGAGAUGGUGGCUGUCAAUAUGGCCAUCGGGGUAGAGGUGAUGACCACCAGUGUAGAGGAGGUGGCUGUUGAUGUAGAGGUGUUGGCCACCAGCGUAGGAGUAAUGGCCACCAGUGUAGAGACAGUGACCAUCAAUGUAGAGGUGUUGGCCACCAGUGCAGAGCUGAUGGCCAUCAGUAUUGCAAAGAGGGCCACCCCUCAGCUCUGGAUGGUGUUUGGUCACCUCGUGGCACCAGGGCACGUGUCAUCAACCCGCUCUGCCGCCAGCCUGUGUAAAGGACGGACUCUCUACUCCGUGGUGAGGGAUGCCAAAAUUGUCCUGGAUGUCAACAAGACGAGGCAGAUAGCACAAGAAAUUGUGAAGGGAAUGGGAUACCUGCACGCCAAGGGCAUUCUCCACAAGGACCUCAAGUCCAAGAAUGUUUUCUAUGACAAUGGGAAGGUGGUGAUCACCGACUUCGGGCUCUUCAGCAUCUCUGGAGUUCUCCAAGCAGGCAGGAGGGAGAACAAGCUGCGCAUCCAGAACGGCUGGCUGUGCCACCUGGCCCCCGAGAUCAUCCGGCAGCUGUCCCCGGACACCGAGGAGGACAAGCUGCCCUUCUCCAAGCACUCGGAUGUUUUUGCACUGGGCACCAUCUGGUAUGAGCUGCACGCCCGGGAAUGGCCCUUCAAGACUCAGCCAGCAGAGGCAAUAAUCUGGCAGGUGGGAAGAGGGAUGAAGCCCAACCUCAGCCAGAUCGGGAUGGGCAAGGAGAUCUCGGACAUCCUCCUGUUCUGCUGGGCCUACGAGCAGGAGGAGAGACCCACCUUCACCAAGCUCAUGGACAUGCUGGAGAAACUGCCAAAGCGGAACCGCCGCCUUUCCCACCCGGGGCACUUCUGGAAGUCAGCAGAGUAA